GUGAGAGGCAGCUGAUCUAUGAAAGCUUUCUCAGUAUUUGGUGAGCGUUUCCUGAAGCCUGAGCUUCUUGGGAGGCCUGUGAAAUACUUCUAUAAGAACAGAGGAAGGGUUACAAAAUAUUUACCAGCUUUGACAGCUUUUGUAAGGAAGAGGAUUUCAUUCAGACAUCCCUGUGAAGUUUUUCCGGGAAGCUAGCAUCAUGCAGAAAAAAUCAAGUCGUCCUCAUGCACAUGGUGGCAGACAUCAUCACCGAUCCACCCAUCGCACAGCUUCUUACCACCCUGAUGAAAUGCUUCACUUUUACCGCUGGACAUCACCCCCGGGUGUCAUGAAGAUUUUGUGCAUCAUCAUCAUCAUUUUGUGUGUUGCUAUGUUUGCCUGCAUAGCCUCCACACUGGCAUGGGACUAUGAUGCCAGCGCCAUGGGCCUUGGGAGUCUCGGGAUGGGCUAUGGAGGCAGUUAUGGCAGUGGAGCGUAUGGCGGUAGUGGGAUUAGUGGAAGUGGGGGUGGGGGUGUUGGAGGCUACGGCUAUGGAGGCGGCACAUACAUGGAUCCGAAAUCAGGCAAGGGCUUCAUCAUCGCGCUCGCUGCAAUCACCUUUAUUGCUGUGCUCAUCAUCUUCAUCCUGGCAGUGUCGAGACAGAACGCUGCACAGUCUCCCUCAUUCUACCUGGCCUCCAUCAUUAUUAGUGCCAUCCUGGCUGUACUGAUGUUCAUCGCCACCAUUGUGUACCUGGUCGCUGUUAACCCCACUGCUCAAUCAUCUGGAUCCAUGAUGUAUACUCAAAUGUUGCAAAUGUGUGCACAAUAUCAGAACCAAGAUCAGCCCUCUGGGAUCUUCAUCAAUCAAUAUUUAUACCACUACUGUGUAAUGGAGCCUGAAGAGGUCAUUGCUGUAGUUCUUGGGGUUCUGGUUGUUAUCGGACUGAUCAUCCUACUUGUAUUCGCUGUGAAGACCCGAGGGCAGAUCAGGAGAUACGGCAGAGAGCGUGUUCUGUGGUAUGAUGUGAAGACCAUCAACAGCGGUCUUACAUCUAGAGGCAUCGGAGAAUGGGUAAAUAAUGUGUCUGGAUACCCAGAGGCUUUUGUCAAAGACCACAAUGACCGAUUCAGUGUUGCACAGCCAAUGGUACACAGCCAGAAGCCAAUUUACCUUCCAAGGGGCUCUGACUUGACAAGCUCUUUAAGUGGAAUGAAGGGCAAACUGAGAGACUAUGAGCCUGAGUCUGGAGAUGAGCUGGACACUGGCUAUGAAAGUGAGUAUCCUCCCAUCAUUAAUGAGCAGGAGAGGCUUGAGUACAAGAGAGAGUUUGACCGAGACCACAUUGAGUACAAGCGUCUUCAGGCUGAGCUAGAUGAUGUUAAUCAGGGCUUGGCAGAAGCAGAUCGAGAGAUGCACCGCUCACAGGAAGGCAGCCCACAGUUCAUGGAUGCCAUGAAUGUAUACAACAGGCUCAAAAGUUUGAAGAAGUCUGCAGACUAUCGGAUGAAAAGGAAAAGAUGUAAACAGCUGAAGACAAAACUGUCCUUGAUCAAAAGAAGAGUCAGCGACUAUGACCACAGACAAUAAAAACCUGGCAAUGGAAACUCAGGAGGGUAUUUUGUGUCACAUGUCGGGUUUUUCUCAGGACAUUACUGUAUCUGUAUUUCUGUAUUAAAAAUCUGCAUCACUGUAUUAUUGCCAAGAACUGUAUGGCAGCUGUAUGACAGAGUUUUGCUUUU